UCGAUUGUCCCGAGCUCCAUCCACCUUUGCCAAUCCUAUCAUGACGCUUCUCUCUAAACUUUGUGUCCCUUACGCAACGUUCGACCCGGAUUGAUGUUUUGCGUGAGCCAUUGUUUCCUUGCUGGGUUUUGACCCACCGCCUGGUGUUGGAGGACGUGUCUUUGUGUGCCCACCAUUCAAGCGGGACAGGGAGAAGCUAGCGAGCUGCGUUAGGCUUUGGAAAAAUGGCCGACCAAAGGAAAUCCGACCGCGAUGGCUCAAGCGAGUGGCUCGAAAUGUCCGCGCUCGAGGGCUCUGCAACUCGCCCCAGCGCGCGACAGACACUUCUGGAUGAGGGUGGUGGACAGGCAGCCAGAGCCGGAAAGACCUCAUCUAUGGCUGGAAGGGUGUUAGAGUUCCUCCGCCUGAGACGAACCGCACAAGCUGCUCCCGAUGGCCGCAUAAUACCUUUGCGUGUCGGCGAUGAGCCUCUGACCGAUGAGCAGACGGGACGCCCCUAUAUUUCCAACCGGAUCAGGACCUCGCGAUAUACCAUCUGGAACUUUGUCCCAAGGCAACUCAUCUAUCAAUUUUCCAGACUGGCCAAUAUGUAUUUCCUGAUCAUUGCCAUCCUUCAGAUGAUUCCCGGAUUCAGUACAACGGGACGGUUCACGACUCUCAUCCCAUUGCUGAUAUUUGUGGCGCUUACUAUCGCAAAAGAAGGUUAUGACGAUUGGAAGAGGUACACCCUGGACAAGGCCGAAAAUGCGAGCAAGGUCACGAUUUUGGGAGCCGAGCACGGUGCGACAAGCCGACAGCAUGGAAAGCGGGUAUCUGUUGCAGAUUCUGAGGUGGCUUUGAGCCCAUCGUCGACCCGGACGAAACCAAGCACGCCAUGGAUGACAACGCAGUGGGGCGAACUCAAGGUUGGAGAUGUUGUAAGGCUCUCGGGAGAUGAGCAGGUCCCAGCAGAUAUCGUUCUCCUGCAUGCCGACGAGGGUGUCGCGUAUGUCGAUACCAGGGCUCUGGACGGCGAGACAAAUCUCAAGAGCAAGAUGGUCCCCGCGGCGCUGAAGAACUUGCAUCUUGUUUCGGUGCAGAACAUUUCUGGCUCGGACGUUUACUUCACUAUCGAGCAUCCGAACCAGGAUCUUUACAAUUUUGACGGGACUGCCACAGUCGAUGGCAACGAAACAUCGCCCCUGAAUGUGGACAACAUCAUCUAUCGAGGCUGCGAGAUCAAGAACACAAAAUUCAUCAUUGCAAUGGUGAUCAACACUGGCGAGGACACGAAAAUCCGCAUGAAUGCGAACCGCAACCCGGAAGCGAAGAGGCCUGCGCUCGAGAAGUUUGUCAACCUGAUCGUCAUCUUCUUGGCGCUCUAUAUGCUCGUCACCUCGGUCCUGCUUUACAUGGGCUUCAAGAUCUACUGGCAGGGCACAAACGUGCCCUGGUAUCUCAUGUUGUCAGUCGUGUCCGACCAAGAAGUCAUAAUCGGAUUCAUCAUCCAGUUCUCGAAUGUUGUUCCGAUGUCGCUCAUCAUGGCGAUUGAAGCAGUCAAGCUCAACCUGGCUGUACUUGUUGCUUCUGAUGCCGAGAUGCACCACGAUGAAUCCGACACGCCUGCAGGCUGCAACACGAACAUAAUCCUGGACGACCUCGGGCAGAUCGGCUAUGUCUUUUCGGACAAGACUGGCACGCUGACCGACAACAUCAUGAAGUUCCGCAGGAUAAGUGUGGCCGGAACAAGCUGGUGGCAUCAUGAUGCGGGAUUCACAGAGGCGAAGGUUCCGGCGCCAUCGGAGGACAGAGGUAGAACCACCAACGACUUGCUUGCUCAGAUCCGCCGUGACCCGAGAUCUACGCUCUCCCAAGCAGCCUACGAGUACAUACUUGCGUUGGCAGUAUGUCACACGUGCCUCCCCGAGAAAGACCCCGAGACGGGCGAGGUCGUUGAUUUCCAGGCAUCGUCCCCGGAUGAGUUGGCUCUGGUGAGAGCUGCACAGGAGCUCGGUAUCCUGGUGGUGGAGCGCACAACCCAGUCGCUCACGCUCGAAAUUUCUCACGGCCUCGGCCAAGGAGUGAGGCGUGAGACAUACGAGGUACUAGAUGUUAUCGAGUUCAGCAGUAAGAGGAAGAGAAUGUCUAUUGUGGUCCGCCGUCCGGAUGGUAGAAUUUGGGUCAUUUGCAAAGGCGCUGAUACCAUUGUGCUGCCGCGUCUGAGAAAGGCACAAAUGGACGCCAGGAGACAGUCUCUCAGGCAACACCAGAGGGGCUCAACGAAUCUUUCUUUUCCCAGGCGGUCGCUGGAGUCCCCGGCAAGUCCAGUCUCGGUACAUUCGUGGAACCCAGGAACCCCGGGAUUCUGGGAUGGGAAUCGAGAUACAAACCCCUAUGCCGGGAGGUCGAGUCCGUAUCCAGACCGGCACAUGAAGGAAGACGAGAUAUUGAACCGCUGUCUCGACCACAUCGAUGAGUACGCGAGAGAAGGUCUGCGUACGCUUGUUUUUGCGCAUCGGUAUCUCUCCAACGAAGAAUACAGAGCGUGGAAGAGAGACUACCACAGCGCACAGGUCAGCCUGACAGAUCGACAGCGGAAAUUGGAGGAGGUGGGGGAGAAGAUUGAGCAUUCGUUCGACCUCAUUGGGGCAUCGGGCGUUGAGGAUAAGCUGCAGAAAGGUGUGCCUGAGACAAUCGACCGCCUUCGGAGGGCACGCAUAAAGAUAUGGAUGUUGACAGGCGACAAACGAGAGACAGCAAUCAACAUUGCACAUUCUUCUCGCAUCUGCACGCCGGAAACGGCACUCUUCCAGCUGGACGUCGAAGACGGCGACCUGGAAUGGCAGAUCUCGGACAUCCUCAACUCUCCGGAUCGCCAAGCAGCCCCACACAGCGCCAUUGUUAUCGACGGCCAGACGCUCACCGCCCUGGAACAGCCCGAGGCGGCCCAAAUCCGGAAGGUCUUCUUCACGCAGCUGAUCCCCACCGUCGGCUCGGUGAUCUGCUGCCGGGCCUCACCGUCCCAGAAGGCACUCCUGGUGCGUGCAGUGCGCGACGAGCCCUCGCCACCGCCUGGCACGACGUCCCUAGGGCGGGCCUGGUGGUGGGUGCGGACCAGCUUCACGAGCCACAGGCGGCCGCUGACGCUCGCGAUCGGUGACGGCGCCAACGACCUGGCCAUGAUCACGGCGGCCAACGUGGGCGUGGGCAUCUCCGGCCGCGAGGGCCAGCAGGCAGCACGGGUGGCCGACAUCAGCAUCGCGCAGUUCCGCUUCCUGUCGAGGCUGCUCCUUGUCCACGGGCGCUGGAACUACCACCGCAUCACGCGCUUCGUGCUCGGCAGUUUCUGGAAGGAGACCAUGUUCUGGUUCCCGGCGGCGCUGUACCAGAUCGCGGCCGGCUUCACCGGCACGAGCCUGUACGAGUCAACGGCCCUGACGGUCUACGGCUUUGCGUUUUCCACCGCCUGCACCAUGACCAUCGGCGCCUGGGAGAAGGACCUCAAGGCCCGCACGCUGAUGGCCGUGCCUGAGCUGUACGCAUACGGCCAGCGGGCGCAGGGCCUGAACUGGGGGGUGUUCCUGUCGUGGAUUGCGAAUGCCGUCUUGGCCGGGGCGGCCAUCUCCUUCUUGGCGUGGCUGGGCUACGGGGGCGCGUACACGACCACCCCGGAUGACAACGGGCUUUAUGCAAUCGGCACAUUGGUCUUCAUUGCAUGCAUGGUGUGGACGAAUGUGAAGAUCCUGGUUCUGGAGAUGCAAUACAAGACCAUACUUGUGCUGCUGAUAUUCUGUGCCGAGAUAGCCCUGAUCUGGCUCUUCCACAUCGUAGUGGGAUACGUCUUCACCUCCCUGGUCAUCAGCCCCUAUUCGGUAGUCAACGGCUUCACCCGGGCAUUCGGUGGAGAUCCAGCAUGGUGGGCCACGCUCGCCCUCGUACUGGGCGGGCUCUUUACGGUGGAGCUCUCCGUGGCCGCGCUAAGGCAGCGCUUUGCCGGUUCCAUGAACCAGGCCUGGAGGACCGAGAAGGGCCGGGACGACAUGGGGGCAUGGGAUACGCGGCUGUGGAAGGAGAUCGAGCGGGAUCGAGGGUGUAAGGCUCGGCUGGAGGAGAUGGCACGAGAGUGA